GGGGUUGGGGGAGGAGGGAAAGUGGCGAGUAAGAUGGAAGAUGAGGAGGUCGCUGAGAGCUGGGAGGAGGCGGCAGACAGCGGGGAAAUAGACAGACGAUUGGAAAAAAAACUGAAGAUCACACAAAAGGAGAGGAAAUCCAAAUCUCCUCCCAAAGUGCCCAUUGUGAUUCAAGACGAUAGCCUUCCCACGGGGCCCCCUCCACAGAUCCGCAUCCUCAAGAGGCCCACCAGCAACGGUGUGGUCAGCAGCCCCAACUCCACCAGCAGGCCAGCCCUUCCUGUCAAGUCCCUAGCCCAGCGGGAGGCUGAGUACGCUGAGGCCCGGAAACGGAUCCUGGGCAGCGCCAGCCCUGAGGAAGAGCAGGAGAAACCCAUCCUCGACAGGCCAACCAGGAUCUCCCAGCCCGAAGACAGCAGGCAGCCCAAUAAUGUGAUCAGACAGCCUUUGGGUCCCGAUGGGUCACAAGGCUUCAAACAGCGCAGAUAAAUGCAGGCAAGAAAGGAUGCCGCCGCUGCCGCCAUCACCACCUCCUGGGUCGUCCACCACGGGUCGUACUGCCGUGGCAGACAGCUGGACUUGAGCAGAGGGAACGACCUGACUUACUUGCACUGUGAUCCCCCUUGCUCCGCCCACUGUGACCUUGAACCCCAUGCACUGUGACCUCCCCCCUUACUCCCCUUCCCACUGUGAUUGGCACAUCAACAAGGGCUGUUCCAAGUCAAUGGAAAUGGAAAGGGUGGGGGCUGGGGGAGAGCUGGGGGUCCCAUCAAGGACUCAGAGUAGAGAGUCAGACAGUGCCACUCGGCCACUUGGGGUAAAGCCAGUGCCAGCAAUAACAGUUUAUCAUGCUCAUUAAUUUGGGAUUUCAAAACACAAAUGAGAACUCCCACCCACCCACCCCCAAGUGCAUGUCUUCAUCACUUAAAAAGUAAGUUCCAUUUGAAAAUAUCCUUUCCUUUUUUUUUUCCUUCCUAUUUUUGUUUGUUUAUACAAAUAUCUGAUUUGCAAGGAAAGUGCAUGGGAGGGGGUUUUAGCAGUUUAAUGAAUUUUUAAUUGAGAAAGGGUAGUUUGGUAGCCUACUUAAAAAUGUUUCUGGGAAAUUUGCUGGAAACAUUAACCAAUAGGAUUUUGGUGAGCUUAGCUUCUGUAUUCCUACUGCCGCCCAGAAAAGGGGCAGGGCUCUGCACCCCAGGACAGAUGAGCACCCCAUGCCUUUACCUCCCUCCCCCAGCUAGGUUCCGGGCCUCUUGGCCCUGCCUGGAGACAGGGCUAGCUCUAUAGGCUCAGAGAGCCUGGGGAGGGUGCCAACCCACCUCUAGUAUUUUGGGAGACAGGGAAAGUGACAGACUUCCCCUUCCUCUACCCCUCAGGGUGGCUUCCUACCAGCCAGGCUUGCUACUUCUAGAGGAAAGCAGGAAGCAUCAGAGAGUGAGGCUGCACUCCUGCCUUAGGAGCAAGGGAUAGGAGGCUUGUCAAGUGUUUGCUGUCAGCACAAGAAGACCAGGAGAGAGUCUGGCUCCGGGACUUCGGGCCAUUUGCUCAGUGUGGUCAGAAGGUAGAGGGACCUGCCCACUCCAGCAAGGAUAGAACUCUGAAGGGUCUGCGAGUGCUCCAUCUCCAUUGGUGGCCUCAGCUCAGUCCCUGUACCUGGUGUGCUUCCUAUGUGAAACCAGUACCGUGGGAACAGACCAGUCUGAAUAAAGUUGAGAGAAGAAGCAUUGCAAAGAUGGAUGGCCAACUAGUUCCCAAUGGUCUGGCCACCCUUCACCCCUUUUUCCAGAGUGAGGACUUGGAAUGAAGAUGAUUUCUCCUCUCCCUGGAGCUUUGAAGUUUGCUUUGGCUCCUUGGGCAGAACAAGCUAGAGGGCAAGUGCCCCGAGAGCAGCUCUACACAGCUUGCCCCCUCUUGGGCCCUCUGGUCCCUCCCAGCGCACUGCACCUUCCUCCCCAGCCAGCCAGGUGGCCUCACACUCCUGGCUAGCAGGUGGGGUUUGGAAUGGUUGGCAUGAUUUUGGAUUAGGGCAUCUUGUGGCAGCCCUGAUGGCAGGCUAGGGGUUCAGGCUCUCUCCACCUCGGUUCACCUGAUCUCAGCCUUGCCCUUAAGUGGUAAGUCAGGCCCAGGUAUGUCUCAAAACAUCUUCCCCUCAGGAGGAAGGGCCAGCUGUCAGUUGACUAGUCCACAGCACAGCCUUAGAACUGGGAAGCCAGGAAGUGUCUGGGAGUGGUGCUAGAGCAGAGCUCAACCGCAGGACGCACGGUCACCUCCAGGAGUGGACAGGAAGAACAUUGGCUGCUGUCUUAACAUGCACUGCCCUGACCAGGUGUCCACCUUCUAAAUGUCCAGUGCCCAUCCUCAAGUAAUAGUGAUUUCUGGCCCAUGGUGAGACUGUCUUUUGGGAGAAGGAUACAGAGGUAGUCCAGGUGGAAGGCCAGAGAAGUGCCGACUGCCCAGUCCUCAGGACCACCUGUUCUUGUCCUGCCUGCUCCAGUGGGAGCCAAGGGCAGACCAGCUGGUGAGGCUCUACAGAUUAAGAACCUAGCAGGGACUGGUUCUCCCACGUCCCUCUGGCCAAAGGUGGAGCUGUUGCCCACAUGUGCCUGUCACCACCCACCAACAGUCACAUCUUUGGCUUCCCGGUGGAGAGGUGGCAGGCAAAUGAAAGAAAACGAAAGAGGAGACUGUUGUGGGGGGAGGUGGGAGGGGUGAUGGGAAAACGGUUUGGAGUGUGUGUGUGUGUGUGUGUGUGUGUGUGUGUUUUGUUUU